AUGAAUGAAAGAACUUUUAAACUUCCAGAAAUUAUUGAUAAUGAGAACGGAUGGGGCCCCUCACCUGCCAUGUUUCCUGAGAAAUUUAGGGAUAUACCGUAUGCACCGUAUAGUAAAGCGGAUAAGUUAGGUAGAAUUGCCGAUUGGUCGACUCCAGAACAAAAAGAGAAAGAGAAUCAAUAUACAGCUUAUGGGAGUGGAGUAUCAAGUGCUUUCGCAUAUACACAUGACGAAGACGAAGCAUCUUUCUCUGUGGUCGAUAAUCGUACAACAGCGCAGAAAAAGGCUUCACAAUUUCGUGUUACUGGUGGGACAAAGACUCGGCAAGGAGGUCGGGGAGGGCAGACUAAUCGUAAUACAAGAAAUGGACAAUUCACUCGAACAGGCAUCCCGGGGAGAAAUAUGUUUACUGGGAAAAACGCCGCCGCUGUUGUUAGGAAGAGAUUUGGUUGGAAAGAUUAUGAUAAGCCUCAACGGUCACGCGACGCUUCUGUCAACGUAGGACCUGAUUGGAAAGUACUUGAAGAAAUUGAAUUUAAUCGACUUUCUAAACUUAAUUUAGAAGUAGAUGAAGGCGAAGAUCUAUCAACUUAUGGAACUUUGUUUUACUAUGAUAAAUCAUAUGAUCGCGUAUCGACAAAGACAGAAAAAUCUUUACAACAAAUAGAACGUGUUCGACACUUUACCUCCACUUCAAAAGAUCCAAUAAUUGAACAGUUCGCCAAAGAAGGUGCAGCGGUUGUUUUUGCCACCGACGCGAUUCUUAGUCUUUUAAUGUGUGCACCGCGAACAGUCUAUCCAUGGGACAUGAUUAUCAAUCGGGUAGGAAAUAAGUUAUUCUUUGAUAAAAGAAAUAAUGGUGUUUAUGAUUACAUUACCGUGAACGAAAAUGCUGCCGAGCCACCAAAUGAGACAGGCGACAAGGAUAAUAUUAAUUCACCGAGUGCCCUAGCGUUGGAAGCUACUCUAAUCAAUCAUUUUUUUGCAAACCAAGUUGUAAACGAACCAGAAAAAUAUGAUUUCGACAAGCCGAAUCCUUUUCCAAGUUCUCCCGAAGAAUUUGAAUAUUUGGCAUCAUGCGCGUAUCGUUAUCGUCGUUUUGAUCUUAGCGUAAAUGAGGAGGAAGAUUUGACUCUUAUUGUUCGCACUCAAUUGGAUGCUGUUGUGAAAACGACAUCAGGAGAUUCAUUCAUCACAAUUAAAGCGCUAAAUGAAUUUGAUUCUCGAGCACAAGGUGCUGGCGGCGCAUUGGAUUGGCGACAAAGAUUAGACACUCAACGUGGUGCUGUCGUGGCGACAGAAAUGAAAAAUAAUAGUUGUAAAUUGGCCAGAUGGGCCAUGCAAAAUCACCACCGUCAUGUAAUUCUUGGCAUACAAUACUAUAAGCCUCGCGAUUUCGCUGUACAGAUGAAUUUAUCAGCGUCUAAUGGUUGGGGUAUUGUACGAACAAUUGUUGAUCUUUGUAUGAAAUUACCAGAAGGCAAAUAUGUCCUAUUAAAAGAUCCUAAUAAG